UCAAACGCCUUAAAUAGGUCACGUGCCUUUUAGUUGUGUGGGUGAUGUAGGUGAAAACCAUGCGACAUAUGCACAUUUCCUACUCCAGAGUUAGAAUUCAAGUGAACCUUGUAUGACAGUCUGUCAGCAUGUCUGCUGCCUGGUUAAAGCUCAUAACCAUCCUUUGUCUCUUCUCCACAGCCCUGAGUGGCCCAGAGAGCGGAGGAGUAGUAUGGACAGAUGUUGGAGGAUCCGUCACUAUCCAGUGCAGAGAUACUGCAGAUAAAGAGUCCCUGAGUCUGGAGAAAGGUCUCAGCCAGGAAGAGAUUCUAAAUAAAGAUAGAGACUCAGAAAAAAUUACUAUCGCUAAAGGAUUCAGAGACAGGCUUCAGUUAGAUGGAGAAUUCCCCAAUCUGAACAUUUUCAUCAGAAACCUGACCACUGAUGAUAUGGGGCCGUACUGGUGCGUCUACAAAAAGUACGAUACUACAGCCAGUCAAAUAAAAACAGUGAAAGGCAAAGGGUCUGUGCUCCUGGUGGUGAGAGACCAGGAACGUAUGGCAGUGAUUGGAGAUGCUUCUGAAAAAACGAAGCAGUGCGACUCAUCCGAUAAGAAUCUGGUCCUGUUGUCUGUCGUGAUCUCUGCUGCAAUCCUGCUUGGCAUCAUCAUAGGCUUCCUCAUAUGGAUUGUCCUCAAGACCAAGGCUUUGCGUAGCACGCGCAGCACGCGCAGCACAGUGAAACCAAGAAACACCACAAAUGAUGUUUAUGAGGACAUGCGUGGAACGCUGAGACACUAAAGAUGUCGACCUGCAAGCCACUAACAUGAAACUCCAUCUCUGCACCACUGAAGUGCAAGUGAUGCAUAUGUAGCAGAGUAACAACUCAGCAUGUUCUCCGACACUGUCUCUCUGUCAUCUCUUCAGGACUUGACUGAAAGUAUGUCAGUGAAAAACAGGUAUGACAAUAAAGUCUAUUAAUUGCUUAAAGGUACAACAUGUUAUACAACCUGUGCUGCCAGUGAAUGGUUUGGUACAUUGUGUGAAAAUAAGCAGAUGCAGAAGAAAGAAGAAGCACAGAUGUCAGUUUGACUUCUCUUUCAGUGUAUUGUGCCCCAACAUGUGACCCUGAUGUAUAUUUUUUUAAUGUAAAUAUUACUUUCCUUAUUUCUUCUCCUUUUUGCAUUUUCGCAUAUGAAUUAUUGUAUUACUAAACAUAAAUCUGAAUGUCAUAAUAGAUAAAUACUGUGUAUUAUAACUGUAAUUUGCCAUCAAUAUGAAUAAAACAACAGAUCUGUGAGCUUAGCCAUGUCUGAAAUCAUUAA